UUCAUUACAUGUUCAUACUAAAUGACAAUUCCAUUAUAGAGAAAUCACGAGGUUCUUAAAAGUUGAACAUGCAAUUCAAGCAAUUUACGCAGCAAUUCGUGUUAAAAAGUAUGGCAGAAAGUAGCAUCAAAACAAGAAAAUACCUCUUAGAAGAUUAAUAGAACAGAACUUAUAAUGUUAUUAAACUUGCUCUUCAAGUUAUUAUCUUAUCUGCAUUAUACAAACCGCCAUGAUCUCGCGUCACUUUCCAUAAAUGCCUAACAAAAACAAAAUUCAUUUACCGAAAUUUCUUCCUUAUUUUCUUCGAUUCUUGACACAUAAGUUUCACAAUGCAUUUCGCGCAUGGCAACGUGUGCUUGAAUCAUCUCAACUCAUCAUUAAUAAGGCGUGUUUGGUGUUGCUUCUUUUUUCACUAUAUAUCUAACUUUUAUGCAUCAUGAAGUGAAUGAAAAAGAUGGGGAGAGUGAAGCUUCAAAUCAAGAAAAUUGAGAACACAACGAAUAGACAAGUCACUUUCUCGAAGAGGAGAAAUGGUUUAAUCAAGAAAGCUUAUGAACUUUCUGUUCUUUGUGAUGUUGAUGUUGCUCUCAUCAUGUUUUCUCCAUCGGGGAGAGCCACUCUCUUCUCGGGCAAUAAAAGCUUCGAAGAAAUUCUAGAACGAUAUAUAAAUCUUUCGGACACUGAACGUGGAAAGCUGCAUAAUGAAGAGAACAUUCGAAAGCUUCUCCGUAAAUUGAAAGUGGAAACCGAUCAAAUUUGUCAAGUUCGUAGCCCUAUGGUUACAGACCCUCAACUCAAGGAGGUUCAAAGAGAAAUUUUAAUUUGGAAGACUCAAUUGGAAGAGAUGAAGAAUCGACUAAGGAUAUUUGAAGGAGAUCCUUCUGAGAUCACUACAUUGUGUGAAGCUGAAUAUCGCGUACAAGUACUUCAGGAAACUCUAAAACAAGUGCAACUGCGAAAAUGCUUUUUGGAGGAAGAGCAAAUUUCUCAUGCAUCUCCACAGGUACAUCUUACAAAAACUGUAGAUGUAGAUGGCUUUGUUGCUGGAACUACAGAGAAUGCAUUAAGCUGGUUUCCACAAGGAGAUACCAACGAUCAGAUUCUGAACUUUGUUAAUGCUUAUGGCCCUCCUCCUCUCAGCGAUCAACAAGCAAUGAGUACUGUUGUUAAUAUGGUAACGCCAACUUCGACCCUUCUGCAUUCUGGAAACAUCAAUGGCGAUUGUCAAAUUAGUCCCGGGAAUGGUACAGACGCUGAAAUUAAUAAUACACCUCAGUUUGGACAAAUUACAGACAACAAUUUGUCCUCUUGGGAGCACCUCCACCAUUUAGAGAAUGGUGCAUUAUCAGUUGCAGAGACAAGAGACGGACAACUACUGGAACAAUAUCUUUCUCAAGUUGCCAUGGCAAAUGUUUUAAUGAGUAAUCAAGAUCAACUUCAAAUAUGAUAUAUGAUCUCUAUGUACAUGUUUUUUGUAAUGCUAGAAAUAUUAAAAUGCAUUUGCAAUUGCUCAGCUAGCAGCUGAAAAUAAAAUGGUUAAGAUGUGUUAGUAAUUUAGUAUCAAUGUUGAUGACAUAUAUGUCAGAAUGUCUGCAGUACAAUUUAAUUGGCUGAGUGUAGAUGCAACAUGCUAG